CCCAGGGGAGCGGGCGCGCCGGGCUGCGCGUCUCCGCGUCUCCGCGUCUCCGCGACGGUGCCGCCUCCUCCAGGCAGUUCUGUGAGGGCGGCGAGGACCCGCCAGCCAGCCGAGAAGGGGGCGUGGACAUGGACCUGGCGGCAGCCGCCGACCCCCGGCCCAGCGCCACUGCCUAGGGCGCCCCGAGGGCUCCGUGGGGGCGCGCCCGCCGCCGCGGCGUCUUCAGGGACCUGGGGAGCCCGGCGCUGCUCGGAUGGCCCUGCUCCCGCGGCCCGCGCUCCCCCUCCUGCUCUUCCUCCUGGCCGCGGCUGUCAGGUGCCAGGAGCAGGCCCAGAGCACCGACUGGAGGGCCACCCUGAAGACCAUCCGGAACGGCGUUCACAAGAUCGACACGUAUCUGAACGCCGCUUUGGACCUCCUGGGAGGAGAAGACGGGCUCUGCCAGUAUAAGUGCAGCGACGGAUCAAAGCCCUUUCCACGUUAUGGUUAUAAACCCUCCCCACCGAAUGGAUGUGGUUCUCCAUUGUUUGGUGUUCAUCUUAACAUUGGUAUCCCUUCCCUGACAAAGUGCUGCAACCAACAUGACAGGUGCUAUGAGACCUGUGGCAAAAGCAAGAACGACUGUGAUGAGGCGUUCCAGUAUUGUCUCUCUAAGAUCUGCCGAGAUGUGCAGAAAACACUAGGACUAACUCAGCACGUUCAGGCCUGUGAAACAACAGUGGAGCUCUUGUUUGACAGUGUUAUACAUUUAGGCUGUAAACCAUACCUGGACAGCCAACGAGCUGCAUGUAGGUGUCGCUAUGAAGAAAAGGCUGAUCUUUAAAGAAGAUGCUGACAGCUGGUGACAGAUGAGGAUGAAAGAACAUAACCUAUGACAAAUAACUAAUAUUUUUGCAGCAUAAAGCUGACUUCUUUUUGCAAAAGGAUUAUUUUAAAGACAUUACAAGAGUUUCUAUUUUGACAUUAAAACCUCAAGGUGAAAACAAAACAAGUGGAGGGGAGGGUGAUGAGGGCAUACCUGCCUUCCCAGGUGUCUUCCUGGGUGUUGUUGCCUUAGUAUGCCAAUGUCUUGACCAGUCUCAAAAAUAUGUGUGUGUUAAGGGGAGAAUUUUUGAAAAGAAUGUGUACUCAGUUUUUGUAACCAUAUUUACGAAAAAAAAAAGAGAUCAGAUAUAAAAUUCAUCAUAAGGUUUGUUCAACAUUAUCUUAUUUGGAAAUAUGGGAAAAUCUUCACUUAGAAGUAUUAUUUGUUUACUAUGAAAUUUUAAUACAGAUUUAUGCCUGGAAA